CAUCCGGUGAAAUUUCUGCCUCAUUGUUCUGUCUGUGCUCGGCGUCCGGUGAAGUUAAGCGAAAGCUCAGAUAUGGAGGAAGAUAUUGUUACAGAGCCCGGCGUUAGUAUGGAGGACAAAAUAGAAGUGGAAGCUGGAGAAAAUCAAUUUGAACGUUAUUUAUACGCUUUACGGAAGGAGUUAGAACACCAAGACCCCAUAUUUAUUAUCGGGAUUAUUGUUUCUUUGGCUGUUGUUGUCAUCAGUUUUGUGUUGUUUAAGUACUUCCUGAGCAGCAAAACUGUCCAAAGUGGUGUUCUGCUGGUUGGUCUCUGCGAUUCUGGAAAGACCCUUCUCUUUAGUCGAUUGAUGUCAGGAAAGUUCAAGAAGACACAGACCUCCAUCACAUACAGCAGUGCCCCCUACAAAGCCAAGAACGAGAAGGGCAGCAGCUGGACUCUGAUCGACCUCCCUGGACAUGACAGUCUUCGUCCGAAGUAUGUGGAGAAGUUCAAGUCUGCAGCCAGGGCCAUAGUCUUUGUGGUGGACAGUGCCAUCUUCCAAAAAGAAGUGAGAGACGUGGCAGAGUUCCUGUACUUCCUGUUGACUGACAGUGCAGUGUCCAGGAAUGUCCCCUCUCUGAUAGUGGCCUGCAACAAGCAAGAUAUCACCAUGGCAAAAUCUGCUAAACUGAUUCAGCAGCAGCUGGAGAAAGAGAUGAACACAUUGAGAGUGACACGGUCUGCGGCUCUGAGCGCCCAGGACGGGUCUACGGGGGCCAGCGUGCACCUGGGGAAGAAGGGCAAGGACUUUGAGUUCAGCCAGCUGCCCAUGAAGGUGGAGUUCCUGGAGUGCAGCGCCCGCGGCAGCAAGGGGGAGGACGGGGAGGCAGACAUCGCCAGCCUUGAGAAGAGCCUGGCCAAGCUGUGAGAUGGCUGGGUCUCAUUAUUGACCAUCUAGUUCCCAUAUAGGUCACUACUUUGGCCAAGAGCCCUUGCGUAGGUGCACUAUUGAGAAUAGGCUGUGUUAGGAUAUUUGCCCAAGGAUAUCAGGUGUGUCUCAACAGUCUAAAGUCUCUCUUCAGGACUCCAGACUCAAAUCACCACUAUACUAUGGAAGUGAAUAGCUUUUUUUGCUGACGUCACAAGGUCAGCAGUGGCACUUGAUGUAGUGAAUGCCAAUUUGUAACAAAAAAAAAUCUGAUAAUACAAAAAAAAAGUAUUUGCUUGUCUCCAGCAGUUGUUGUUGCUAUACGUUUCAGUGUUUUCACUAUAUUUCCCUAAAUAGUUUGCAGCAAAAAAAAUUAUACAAAUAAAAACCAGGAUAGUAAAACAUUUUCAGUGUAGAAAAAAUAAUGGAGCUAUAUAUUUUUGUGUAAGAUCUUUGAGAACUAACAAUGUUAAUGUGAUGAGAUAUCUACUGACCCACCUCCAUUACAUUACAACAGUUUAUAUUCCAAAAUCAGCUUUGUUCCUUUCUGGAACAGUUUAGUUGAAUGUUCAUCAGUUUGUAUAGUUCUCCAGUGCACUAACAUUUGAGGGAAAGUUGACCAUGAAUCUGUACGACCGUGUUAGCCAAAUAGGAAUGCUGUUUAUGUUUUCUUAUUCAGUUUGUAAAUAAAAUCUGUUUACAGAUUUGGGGAAA